AAGGGGGAGGAAAGGGGGAGGAGUGAGCAGCUCCCUGGCGCAGCGUCAGUUUCCAUCACAGGAGCCUCUUUCUGCUGAAGGAUCUGGGUGACUCCCUGCAACGAGAUUAUCCCUGUCACCCUAAAAUGCACUGACCCUCUCACCCCCAAAGGGUUUGGUGUCUCAGUGGUGACCAGCAGCAGUGCAGGGAGCCGUCCACGUCCUGCCUGCAUCAUUCCACAGUAUUCCCGGCACACCCGCAUGUGCUGAUCUCCCCUGUUCUCUACAGCAUCUCCUCACCACCUCCAAGUAUCUAAGAUGGACGAUGACGGGCGCUACCGAGACGGCCGCUCAGACUUCAUCCGCGGCGCCAAAGACAUUGCUAAAGUUGCCAAGAAGCAGGUUGGCAAAAAGGUAGGCCGCGGAGUGGACAAGAUGGCCGACGAAUAUGUCAAACGCUCCUACAAGCGCUUCGAGGAGGAAGACGACGACGAUGAUUAUGCAGGUGUGCCAAGCAACGACGGGGGAUAUUAUCGGAAUGACAGCCGAGCCAACGAUGACGAAGGCCACAGCGAUUCCACCGAAGGGCAUGAUGAGGAUGAUGAGAUCUAUGAGGGGGAGUACCAGGGCAUUCCAAGGGCCGACUCUGGGAAAACUGGCGGCAUGGAUGGGAUGGGGGUCGCUGAGGCGCAGCAGUUCAGGGACCUGUCAGCCUUUGAGGGGGAGGUGAGGAAGGAUCGCGAGGAGUUGGCCCAGCAGUACGAGACCAUCCUUCAGGAGUGCGGCCAUGGGAAGUUCCAGUGGACGCUCUACUUUGUUCUGGGACUGGCGCUGAUGGCGGAUGGUGUGGAGAUCUUUGUGGUCGGCUUUGUGCUUCCCAGUGCGGAGAAGGACAUGUGCCUGUCAGAGCCAAACAAAGGCAUGCUGGGUUUGAUCGUGUACCUGGGGAUGAUGGUUGGAGCCUUCGUCUGGGGCGGCCUGGCUGAUCGGAUCGGUCGGAGACAGACGCUCCUCAUUUCGCUCUCUAUAAACAGCGUGUUCGCCUUCUUCUCAUCCUUCGUCCAGGGCUACAGCUCCUUCCUUUUCUGCCGUUUGGCCUCUGGUGUUGGCAUCGGUGGCUCCAUCCCCAUCGUCUUUUCUUAUUACUCAGAGUUUCUCGCCCAAGAGAAGCGUGGCGAGCACCUGAGCUGGCUCUGCAUGUUCUGGAUGAUCGGUGGGAUCUACGCCUCCGCCAUGGCCUGGGCCAUCAUCCCACACUAUGGCUGGAGUUUUCAGAUGGGCUCAGCUUACCAGUUCCACAGCUGGAGAGUCUUUGUGCUGGUGUGUGCUUUCCCGUCUGUGGCCGCCAUCUGUGCACUCAGCACCAUGCCUGAGAGCCCACGCUUCUACCUGGAGAACGGGAAGCAUGACGAGGCUUGGAUGAUUCUGAAGCAGGUCCACGACACCAACAUGAGGGCCAAAGGUUACCCAGAAAGAGUUUUCUCUGUGACCACCAUUAAAACGGUGAAACAGUUUGAUGAGCUGAUGAACAUGAGCGAUACCGCUGCCUGGCAUCAGAAAUGGAGGUUAAAACUCGCCGCAGUUUUUCACCAGGUGUGGAAUAAUUUCCAAACCAUUUUCUCCCCUGAGUACCGUCGGACCACCUACAUGAUGAUGGCCGUGUGGUUUUCUAUGUCUUUCAGUUACUACGGAUUGACUGUGUGGUUCCCAGACAUGAUCAAGUACCUGCAGAAGCAGGAGUACGCCUCACGCACCAAAGUUUUCGUCAAGGAGAGAGUAGAACAUGUGACCUUUAACUUCACACUGGAGAACCAGGUCCACCGUCAGGGGCAGUACUUUAAUGACAAGUUUAUGAAUAUGAAAUUGAAAUCUAUGGUGUUUGAAGAUUCGCUUUUUGAAGAGUGUUUUUUUGAGGAUAUCACUUCCAGCAACACUUUUUUCAAAAACUGCACGUUUAUUUCCACCCUCUUUUACAACACUGAUCUUUUCAAAUACCGUCUAAUCAACUCUAAGCUCAUAAACAGCACUUUCCUGCACAACAAAGAAGGCUGCCUGCUCAGUGACAUCAGUGAUGAAAAUAACGCCUACAUGGUCUACUUCGUCAGCUUCCUGGGUACCUUGGCAGUGUUGCCAGGUAACAUCGUCUCUGCGCUCCUCAUGGACAAGAUUGGACGUUUGAGGAUGCUAGGUAAGACAAAGAGGAUGGGGCAACACUGCUCUCACUGCGUCUCCUCAUCCUCAUCAUCUUUCUCCUCCAUCUCCUCCCCCUCCUG